AUGACUCAAAGGGUUUCACUUUCCCGUAUUUUCAAACAAAAGCUAUCGAAAAAGAGUAAUAUCGAUGUAACCGAGUUCAACGUCACUCAAGCUAUUCAUGAAGUGCAAACUCUAGCACAAGAAGGGCUCAAAGAGAAAGACCUAGUCGACAGUUUGCCCGGACAGCCAAGUAAGGUUAGUUUUAAGCAGUAUGCCGGAUAUGUCACUGUUGAUCAAAAGGCCGGCCGAGCCUUCUUUUAUUAUUUUGUGGAAGCUCAACGUUCUCCAGAUAAGUCGCCCCUUCUUUUCUGGCUCAAUGGAGGACCUGGAUGUUCGUCUUUAGGUUUUGGAGCAAUGGAAGAGAUUGGCCCGUUUCGUGUUAACAAUGAUGGGAAGACACUCCAUCAAAACCCCUAUGCAUGGAAUUAUGUUGCAAACGUUCUGUUUUUGGAAUCUCCUGCUGGGGUUGGAUUUUCUUAUUCAAACACAACGUCUAAUAACCUGACCACGGGCGAUACAAACACGGCAAAGGACAAUUACACCUUUCUUUUGAAUUGGAUGCGUAGAUUUCCGGAAUAUAAAAAUAGGGAGUUUUAUAUUGCUGGUGAAAGUUAUGCUGGACAUUACGUGCCUCAGCUAGCGCAAACUAUUAUGCAUCAUAAUAAGAAGCCUAACAACACUAUCAUCAAACUUAAAGGAGUCAUUAUUGGAAACGCCGUAAUUGAUGAUGAGACGGACACCAUCGGACAAUGGGAAUAUUACGGAAGUCAUGCUUUGAACUCAGAUGUCACCGUAAGUAAAGCUUUAAAAUAUUGUAACUUUUCAUACUCAGCAACCAAACAACCACGUGAAUGCGAAGAAGCUGUUGAAGAUUCUGGCAAAGAGGCUGGUGACGACAUUGAUCCAUAUAAUAUUUAUGCUCCUUUAUGCACAAAAACCAUCCUCACCAAAAACAUUUCAGCGAUGCAUCCGGAUCCAUGUAGUGCUCGAUAUAUCCAUGCCUACUUAAACAGGGAAGAGGUUCAAAAGGAACUCCAUGCCAACAUCGCCAAUACUUCUUAUGUUUGGCAAAAUUGCAGCGAUGUCGUCUUGAAUAACUGGAAUCAAAGUUCGUUCACUGUCAUCCCGAUUCUCAAAGAGAUUAUGGCUAAUGGGAUUCGACUUUGGAUUUACAGUGGGGACAUAGAUGGAGUAGUGCCAGUUACUUCAACCCAGCUAUCUAUUAAAAAGAUGAAACUUCACAUUCAAACUCGAUGGCAUCCUUGGUACCUUCAAGAAGAAGUGGGUGGCUAUACACAAGUGUAUCAUAAUCUGACAUUUGCAACAGUUCGAGGGGCUGGACAUGAAGUGCCUAAGUAUCAACCACAAAGAUCAUUUUACCUCAUUAGCAGCUUUAUUGCAGGGAAACCCCUCUAA